GGGGACUAUACUUGGCUCGAUAGCUGUGCAGACUCUGAGGUGAUUGUCUGCUAGUAGGAGGGGAUUCCUCGGCCGGAGUUGGCGAUCUGCAGUUAGCGCUUUCUUCACGUGCCACUUGAGCGAUUGCGUGUUUUCGUGUGUGAAGGGAUUGCGCGCGGUUUCAUGUGUGAAUUAUCUCGCGUGGUUUCUCGCCUGCGGUCGGUGUUUUUCGGCUGGGGCUCGACGAGAUCUUGAACGUCGUCAGCGCAAGUCUAGAGUGGAAAGGAGAUACGUGGCGUUGCCGCGUUGGUGCUACACACUGCUCCCGGUUGUAGCGGUCAUCAUGUCGCAGGUGCAAGAUAAGACGAAGGCCGGCUCGAAGACCGGUCAUCCGGUUGACCCGGAAGCGUCGAGGGAAGAACUGGCGGAGAAAGCGAAGAAAGGGGACACGGUGAUACAUGGAGGAACGGGAGGGAAGACGCUGGAGAAGCAGGAGGCAUUGGCGGAAGGCCGAAGCAGAGGAGGGCGGAAUGAGGAUACACCAAUCGGUGAAUAAUCGAUUUGAGAAUUUCUUUGGUUCUGUGUUACCUUCUCCCCUGAAAAGAGCGUACGCUGGUCGUUUUCGCUGCAUUUGGACUAAAAGGUGAGCCAAAUACGGCUGUAAUUACCGUACGUUCUAUUCGGGGGAAGACUAUAGGGAUAUUGAGUGGGUGGCAGAUUUUGCAUGCAUCGAGUCUCGGACGGGCUGGUACUGGCCGACGUUCCCAUAUAUAUGUAGGGGCCUUUGCUCGUGCGCGCUCUUUCUUCUCUGUUCUGUGGAAGACUGGAAGACGUGAUAUAGUUUCGGUCAACGGCUGUGUGUUGACUUUUUUCCUUCUGUUUCUGUGCUUGUUUCGACCCGGAAGUGGUUACGCGGGAGAAGUAGUACGGGAAAUGGAGAAAUAUGGGAAAGGUCAACGGGCAGUCUAUGUGGAUCUCGAGCGAUGCAGGCAUCGCAUAGACCGAACUGCUUAGCUCGGUUGGCACACCCGUGAACUGUUCAAAUGCAGACCCAAGUUCGAAUCCAAAAAAACAAAAAAGCAUUUGCACGAGCGACCAUCUUCCCUCGAUCACGACUUACCUUCAGGUGUGGCUUCAUUGCACCAUGACAGAUGGCUUGUAUGUUUUCAUUGGAAGGGCGCGUUCAACUUGUGCUUCAUCGAAGGUGAUAAAUCCCCUACGACCUAGCGCCGAGCGGUGCACCGGGAUGGUUGGCUUGUAUAGUUACAGGAGAAUCUGAGGAGAUUGAUCGUUCAAGUAGAGAGUGACAUGAGUUUGGGCGAGACGUCAACACGUUGGUCGGGCUCGCAGUCCUCAGUGUCCUGCUGCUACUGUAGGGUGAUUCCGUUGCGGGGUUGUGGUGGUCAUAAAUUUGCUGCCCCGCCAUCGUCUGUGCACUGUGCAGCAGUAAAUUCCGGGUGCUGCACGGGUCAUCGAGGUCGUACUAACUGAUGCGUGAAGAUAGUGUUUGUGACGUCGUGACUCGUGAGUGAUAUGUGAUGAUACGUGUGGAAGUCGAAAACUUACGGUAGUUGUAUUUACGUUCCAUAUAGAUUACGUUGUAAGACUCAGUAAGAGCUCAUUUGCUUUCCCUGCCAAGGUUGACCGAGGUUGACGAAGGUUGACGAAGGUUGACCAAGGUUGACGACCAAGGUUGACGAAGGUUGACCAAGGUCGACCAAGGUUGACCGGGAUCCCGGGUACCUACCGCAUGGCUUUGAUAUUGGUUAGCGGUAAAUGUUGGGAGAGGUGGGCGUGUCUGUAACAGAGGCGACGGCGAACACUGUUAAAUGAUCAUGCUUAUGGGAUAGCGGCGGGUAUUAGUGGUGUGUGAUAUAGGUCUGCUGUUGUAAUAGAGCAAGCAGGGUGCAUGGUUGGCGAUAUCUCCCCUGAUAGGUAGUCACUGUGAUGUUGUGUUUCACGCUGCCAUCUGGCUCAGACUGGCUGUUGUGGUACGGCACUGUCUGGCUGUUGUACUUCUCUUUUGGCCGGGAUUGGACGCUUGCAUGUGUUGUAAUCUACUGUCAGCGUCUUUUGUCCUUUUGGGCGGCAAGACAAGAAAAUUAAAGGAUGGGAUCCAUCGCCAGCAUGGUUUGUCCUUUAGGGCAAGAAAAUGAAAGGAUGUGUUGCGUAAUGAACGCCAAAUGGGGUG